CUAUUGUUGACGCUGGACUUUCUUUUGCUGGAUAGUCAUUCAUUUUCGACAAGGCUGCCUUCUGGAACCCUUUUCGUCUACCCACGCGACUCAAGUACCGCAGGACUACAGAGAUCUCCAACUUUGAAGUAUUUAGCAGAUCGUGAUACUGCGCCUGGAGGCACUUCCAAUUACUCAAGGAUAUGUAAAAUAUCUUGUCUAUUUCCGGCAAAUCGCAACGAUUGUCAACGGUACCAAAUCAGAAGCGACAGAUGGUCUUGUUUGGCAAGCGAAAGAGCGAUGGCUGGAAGGUUCAGGUCGCCGCCACUGCGGCGCACGAACACCCCUCGAGUCCUAAUUUCCCGUGGGACCAGCUUCAAGCUCACACAGAUCUUUAUCUGAGGAAGAAAGGGAAACUUACCCCAGCGGAACGCGACUUCAAGCUUGCGGCGUUGGUAGACGAUUACGAUGACCGAGAUGUCGCCAUUGCGGCAUGUGCUUUUGCCAUGUCCUCGCAGACCCUGCGGGUCUUGCUCAACGUUGAGAGCAACGUCACUCCAGUCACGUAUUACGGUCUAUAUGCAUAUCUUCAGUCCCUCAUCGCAGUCAACUAUCGAGGACAGCCCGGCGUGGUUUCGGAUUUGGAGGCCAAAUGGGCAAGAGCGUUGGUCCCGUACUCAUCUCCCGGUCCGCAAGCCGCGGCGCGAUUCCUUGAAGGGGUUGCCAGUGUCCUUAGAGACAAAUUGUUACAGAACCUCCAAUCUAUGCCAAAUUUCUCUAUCUUAACACGGAGGGCUUUGGUCGAUUUUGCCUCUAAUUUGGAAGGGUUCAAGUUGAAGAAUCAAUGGGCAGCUGCGCAAGCAGCCGUUGUAUGGCUUUCCAAACUCCUCAAAAAUCCUUCACCGCCGUCCCAUGAUCUGGGGCCGGAGCAACUCCUAGACAGUCAAUUUCCCAGCUGGAGAAUAUGGGCCGCGUGGAAACCGGACUUGGAUAGAAUACGUCUCUUGGAAAUCCUCCCAGGCCAUACAAAAGCGAUAUUCGUCGAUACGGGAGGCCCUUGUAACUUGUAUCACCGAAAUCAACCAGACCCACGUACGCUUUGGGACGCUGAGCAUCGAAGUCAAGACCCAGACGGCCGAAGAAUUCAAGACUAUCUUAGCUCGGCUUUCAUGUUGCCUUGA